AUGGUCCUGGAGGCGGCUAGCAGAGGGCUGGUCGUGAAAGGAGACGUGCGUGAGCGGCCCUACAAGGUGGAAGACUUCCGAGACGCUCUCGCCAUUGCUGAUGUGCUCCCUGACGUCGUGGCGUUAGGGGCGUACCAGAUUAACCACGUCUGGGCGGUGACACUGAAAACCGGUGAAGCCACGAAGAAAUUAGCAGCGGUUAAAGGCCGCCGGUGUGUGGUCAAAGGCCGCCGGUGUGUCAAAGGCCGCCGGUGUGUGGUUUUCGACCCUGAGGACCAGCAGGUCAAACUGCGCCUGCAUUGGAUGCUUCACGGCGUCCAAGACGACGUCAUCCGGACCGCUUUCGCUGCAUUCGGGAACGUCACCGAGGUUACCCGAGAGCGUUGGCGCGUACAAGGCAUGCGAGAAAAGGGCUCCACCACAAACUUCACCGCUGUUUGUCAUCAUGCCGGUCGGCCACCUCCUCGGGGCUCUUCCAGGGCCGGAAGGCGUUUGCGGCAGUGUCUGGUGUGCGGCUACACCACAGGUUGCCUCACUAGCAUGCAGAGACACCAGAGGGUGCAUACGGGCGAGCGACCGUACAAGUGCGACUACUGCACCCGUACCUUCAGGCAGAAGGCCCACCUGACCGACCACGCCCGCGUCCACACGGGCGAGAGACCCUUCAAGUGCCAACUAUGUCCCUGGGACUUUUCGCGGAAGAACGACCUCAAUCGCCAUGUUUGUAAAACUCAUCAAGGCAGGACACAGUCGCCUAAUGGUGUUCGCAUGUGA